AUGAAGAAGAGCUCUCGAUUCUACGCAACUCUCUUCAUCGCUUUCCUCUCUUUCUCCUUAUCUCGCGCCUUCUAUCUCCCCGGUGUCGCUCCCCGCGAUUUCCAGAAGGGAGAUCCUCUUUAUGUGAAGGUGAACAAAUUGUCUUCUACCAAGACCCAACUUCCUUAUGACUACUACUACCUGAAUUACUGUAAGCCUCGUAAGAUCGUUAACAAUGCUGAGAAUCUUGGGGAGGUUCUCAGAGGAGACCGCAUUGAGAACUCGGUUUAUACUUUUCAAAUGCUGGAAGAUCAGCCUUGUAAAGUAGGUUGCCGUGUUAAACUUGACGCUGAGUCCACCAAAAAUUUCAAGGAAAAGAUUGAUGAUGAAUACCGUGCUAAUAUGAUUCUUGAUAAUCUUCCGGUAGCUGUACUUAGACAAAGGAGGGAUGGAAGUCAGUCAACUACUUAUGAACAUGGUUUCCGAGUCGGCUUCAAAGGGAGUUAUGAAGGGAGCAAAGAGGAGAAAUAUUUUAUCCAUAAUCACUUGAGCUUCCGAGUUAUGUACCACAGAGAUCAAGAGUCUGAUUCUGCUAGAAUUGUUGGAUUUGAGGUUACUCCUAACAGUAUCUUGCAUGAGUACAAGGAGUGGGAUGAAAACAAUCCUCAGAUAACAACAUGCAACAAGGAUACAAAGAAUUUAAUCCAAACCAAUACUGUCCCUCAAGAAGUUGAGAAAGGAAAAGAAAUUGUAUUUACAUAUGAUGUCUCAUUUAAGGAGAGUGAAAUCAAAUGGGCUUCUCGAUGGGACACAUACCUUCUCAUGAAUGAUGAUCAGAUCCACUGGUUUUCCAUUAUAAAUUCGCUUAUGAUCGUCCUAUUUCUUUCUGGAAUGGUAGCUAUGAUUAUGAUGAGAACUCUCUACAAGGAUAUCUCAAACUACAAUCAGCUCGAAACACAAGAUGAGGCUCAGGAAGAGACUGGAUGGAAGCUUGUCCACGGAGAUGUCUUCAGGCCACCUGUGAACUCUGGAUUGUUGUGUGUUUAUGUUGGUACAGGUGUUCAGAUCUUUGGAAUGUCGCUUGUUACAAUGAUGUUUGCGUUGCUGGGUUUCUUAUCUCCAUCCAACAGAGGAGGGCUUAUGACUGCCAUGGUUCUCUUGUGGGUUUUCAUGGGCAUAUUCGCUGGUUACUCCUCAUCUCGCCUUCACAAAAUGUUCAAAGGAGACAAGUGGAAGAGAAUGACAUUGAAGACUGCAUUCAUGUUUCCCGGUAUCCUUUUUGUGAUCUUCUUUGUUCUAAAUGGCCUCAUUUGGGGAGAACAGUCAUCUGGAGCCAUACCUUUUGGUACAAUGUUUGCUCUCUUCUGCCUCUGGUUUGGCAUCUCAGUCCCACUAGUCUUUGUCGGUAGCUAUCUGGGUUACAAGAAGCCAGCGAUCGAAGCCCCGGUCAAAACAAACAAGAUCCCAAGGCAAGUACCAGAGCAGCCAUGGUACAUGAAACCUGUGUUCUCCAUACUUAUUGGAGGCAUCCUCCCAUUUGGAGCAGUCUUCAUCGAGCUCUUCUUCAUCUUGACAUCGAUUUGGCUGAACCAGUUCUACUACAUCUUCGGGUUCCUCUUCAUAGUGUUCUUGAUCUUGAUAGUCACCUGCGCAGAGAUCACAGUUGUGCUCUGCUACUUCCAGCUUUGCAGCGAAGACUACAACUGGUGGUGGAGAGCUUACUUAACCGCGGGUUCAUCUGCUUUCUACCUCUUCCUCUACUCGAUCUUCUACUUCUUCACGAAGCUGGAGAUCACAAAGCUAGUCUCGGGAAUGCUCUACUUCGGGUACAUGGUCAUCAUCUCUUACGCUUUCUUCGUCCUAACUGGCACAAUAGGUUUCUACGCUUGCUUCUGGUUCGUGAGGAAGAUCUACUCUUCAGUGAAGAUUGACUAGAACUCAGGACAGAAGAAACCAACUGAUAAAUCUUGCAGAAAAAUGCCAACCAACUUUUGAGUCUUUGUAUGUUUUAUUUGUAGCUGUAACAAAGUAAAAGAAUCAAAUCAACUUUUAUUCGUACCUUGUUUCUUCAUCACCUACACAUUCGACAGAUGUUGGUUGAAUCUAGUAUUACAUGUCUUUGUCACCAAUAAUCUCCACAGGAACAUAUUCCUCCGACAAUUUGAUGAAACCUGUUUUUAUCUCUCAAGCACACUUCUCUUUCAAAAACCUUAGAGAAGAUCUUGGCAAAAUUAUGACAAUCAACGCAUAUGCGUAGAUUCUUGAAAACUCGAAUGGGAAUCCCAUCACCAGUAGCAAUCAAUCCAAAAGUCAGAGCUAGUUUCUCACUAUGACCAAGUAACAUCCUCUCCUUCUGCUCCUCAUCCACGUCAUACAACACACAGCUAUGAUCAGGAACGUAACCGGCUUGUUUCAUUUUUAUCAGUAUCUCUUUCAACUUAGCUAACACCUCUUCCCUUCUUGGAUGAGUACGAUCAUUAGCGUGGAAGUAAUGCAAGGUCUGCUCGUGCUGAAUCCAGCUUUUGCCUGGUUCUUUCGUUACAGCGUUUUGCAACAUCAAUGCUCUUAAACUGUUUACGUCUUCCCACCUUCCUGCAGAGGCAUACAAGUUAGAGAGAAUCACGUAGUUACCCGCGUUCCCCGGUUCAAUCUCAAUGAGCUUACGACCUACAUAUUCUCCAAUAUCUACAGAUACAUGAACCCUACAAGCUCCUAAAAGAGAUCCCAAGACACCAGCAGUUGGUUCUGACGGCAUUCUUUUGACGAACUCAAACGCCUCCUCAAUCCUACCAGCACGGCCAAGCAUAUCAACGAUGCAACCAUAAUGCUCAGUGUCAGGCUUGAUCCCGUAAUCUCCCGCAAUCAUUUCAUCAAAUAUACUUAGCCCUGUGUCUUCCAUUUUCC